AUGCAGCGCGUUCGCACGGUGCAGGCUGAGAUGAGCCGCCUGCAGCACCAACACCACCAACACCACCAUGACAGCAAAACACUCUCCGCAUAUGACCUCAACCAUGGCCUGAAACAGCUGCAGCGGCACCGCAAGCAGCUUGAGACCAAACUCAGCUCUGCCGAGGAGCAGGUCAAACACCUCACCGACACCAUCGCAACCAUUGAAAAGUCCAGGCGUUCCUUGCAACGCCAGAAUGACAAGUUGGAUGCCGACCUGCGAAUGCGAGAGAGCGAAUUGGAGACCUUUGCUCGAAAGUUUGACUUUGUCAAGACGCACACUCAUAUGGCUGUCGCCACGAGCGAGGAUUGCCGCAAGCUCUUCGACACGCUGUCAGCCUUCAAGGCUGACAUGGAAACCACCAUUCAGCAACAGGACGAUGAGCUGGAUGAAGUUCGCGCCAGCUAUAAAGCGCUUGCAGAAUCCAAGCAGGAACUGACGGCUGCCAAGGCGACCCUCAUGGCGCGCGUGGAGGAGCUUGAGCAAGCCUUGCAGGCGCAGAAGAAGACGCUGAAUGAAGCGCUGCUCGCCAAGCAGCGGGAGGUUGAGGCCUUGGAUCAGCGUCUCGCAAACACCAACACUCAGCUCACCAACACCAAAGAGGAGCUGCAGGCUUGGAAAUACAAACAUGACAAGGCCACGAGCGACAUUGAGGGCCUGAAGAGCCGCCUUGAAGCGACUCAAACUCAACUCAGUGACUCACGUGACGAAUCCCAGCAGCUACAAGCGAAGCUUGCCAAAGCCAAAGAGGAGCAUGCAAAGGAGCUGGAAGCCGCUCGGCAAGCAAAAGACGCUGCCGAGGCUGACCUGAAUGCCCAGCUGGGUACGGCUCAGGCCAGCCUACAGGCCAGCAACGACGAGCUGGCCAAGCUGAAAGCGCACUGGUCUGCCAACGCCAGCGCCUGGACAGCACAGGCACAGGAUCACGCCCUCGCCUUGGACGCUCUCAGCGUCGUCAUCCAGCAGCAAGACCGCAACCUGCUGCAGUCUCGUAAGCAGCAUCACGAUGCAACUGCCACCAUCACUUCACUGCAAGAUGUGUUGGGCAAGGCCAAAGGCAACGUGGAAGAGCUCACGGCGGCACUCAAGCAAGCAACCGACGAAGGCGCAAAGCUUCAAAAAGCGGUCAGCGAGAAGGACACGCUCAUCACUGCAAACCAUGAGCGCAUCGCGGCGCUGGAACAGCAGGUGCUCGCAAUGCAAGAGGAAAAGGCAAAGCACGCCAAGGCAAUGGAGGAAUCAGUCACACAGGCACAGCAGGAGUGCCGUGAUUUGGAGAACAGGCUCAAGGAGAUUGAGGCCACCUUCAAAGAAGCAACUGAGGAACUGUCGGCCAAGCUGAAGGUGCAGACGGAAGCGAGCACUGCGCUGGAGAAGCAGGUGCAGGAGAAGGAGGCCAAGCUGGCAGAGGUGGAGAGCACGCUCGCUGCCACACAAGAGGCACGCGACAAAGGUAAAGCCGGUCAGGACGAGCUGCAGGCCACUGUUGCCAAGCUGCAAGCAGAGCUUCUGGAGGCCAAGGCCAUCAAGGAGCAAGAUGCCAUGUGGAAGGACAAGGCUGAGGACUUUGAGGCGCAGUGUACAGCUCUACAGGCGGAGGUGAAGCGAGUGACGGAAGCAAAGGAGGUCGCUGCGCGCAAGAUGGGCUCCGUCCUCGACAAGCAUGCGCUGGAAGCCAAGCGUGCCAAGGAAGACCUUGCGAAGGAGAAGCAGAUCGUGGCUACACUGAAGAAAGAGCUCGAGGAAGCUGUUGCCAAAGCCAGCAAGUUUGAACUCAUGGCUGAAGCGGCAGACAAAGCAGUACCGCCCGCAGCUUCGCCCAGCACCACUUCUCGUGCCACUGCGCACACACCUCGCACACCUUGCACCCCACGCACGCCCCUCGCUCCCCACACACCGCGUGCCAAAACCAAACGCCAGCCCGUCUCCCCAGACUCGCCUCCAAGCUCUGCGUCCGACAGCGAAGCCAAGGAUGAUGUGGCAGUGGAGCCACCGAAGCCACGGUCGACUCCAAGCACAGUUGCGCCGAGUUUCCCCGUGCCAGCGCGGAAGAAGGUCAGCAAAACCCCGCGCGCGAGCCAGCAGCAAACGCGUCGCAAGGCUGCUGCAACCCCCAAGACGCCAAGUACGCCACGGACGCGCAAGCGCACCACCACAUCAACACCGAAAGCGCCCGUUGCCGCCACGCCAAAGCCAACCAGCACACCGCGCGGCAAACGCACCUCCGCAACGCCCAAGCUCGCCUCCAAGGCGCCCAAACGACGCACCAAGGAUGUGGCACGAGUGCAAGAGGCGGACGAGUAUGCUUUUGCAGAUGCAGAGAAGACGCCAUCGGCGUCGAGGUUCUCACGGCACCGCAGCCGCCGCGCCAUCGCCCCAGCGCUUCCGCGCAAGGAGCAGCAGCAGCAGUGGGACUUCAUGUUUGGCUUUGCGCCAUCGUCUCCAUGA